AAAAAAACAAAUUAAAAAUAAAUAAAGUGUCAACAAGUGCUAACAACGUGUGCUAGUGUUUUUGAAUGGUUUUUGAUCAAAAUUCAGUGUAAAACAGUGUUCACCGAUUUGGAUUUCAAACGUGGAUGUGGAUUGUGCCCUAACAACAAGGUGGUGAGGUGUAUCGCUCGGAGCUAUGCUGGGCGGGGCGGCGGGGGGCGCCCGCACCCGCCCGCCCUCUGACCUCCAGCCAGGUGUACCCCGGUUUCCGCUGUACUCGCUGUUUCCGCAGGGCAACCGACCCACGCUGCACAAAGUGACCACGGAGAGUCUGUUCUCGACAUCGCUGUCUACAUUCGGCGUGCCCACGCCCCCGCCAAAUUCCCCCCUACUGGAAUUGAACUCGAGGCUAUUGCUGGACAAGGAUCCGAAUAGAAUGGAAGACAGCAAGCUCGGGAAAUGUGUUCCUGACAACCUCUGCUGUCCUGGUGAUCAACGUCAACUUCUAGAAGGAAUAAACGUCAUGCAGCCUUUGACUAUAAAGACGGAGCAGGCGAAACGUGCCUGUAAUACGUGCCUCACUAAUUCUCCUAAAAAGAUCGUCCACGCGGACGGCGGUUGCAGCCGCACCAACCCCGUAACCUGGCUGGGCGUGGCCGGACAAAACGUGCAGGUCCAAGUGAAGCGCGAACCUCAACACAUGCUGUCUGAACUGGUGGCUGUCAAGUUGGAGCAAGCCUCGCCUGGUACCAAGCCGGAGCCAGCAAUACCCGCAUCACUUAAUAAUGGUUCGAUCCCCGUCGGCAUCGCGGUGGCGCGGCAGCGAGUCGGCGACGCGGGCCUACUAGCAGCUCUUUCCCAGAAAGACGCGCAGCAACGCUUGCACGACCUAGGGCCUGCGUCAUUCUGUCAUCCGGACGGCGCGGCGGCCAUGACGGUGCUCUGCGACGACCGGUCCGCCCCGCUGGCGUGGCCGGCCCCGCCUGCGCCGCAGUCCGCGCCCCUCUGGCAGUACCCCGCCCAAAUGUCGAUGGAGAGCAUGGUGAUGGGCGGCGUGGGCGUGGGCGGCGUCGGCUCCGUGGGCGGCGGCGUCUCCUCCAUGGGCGGCUUCCAGCUCGUGCGUGAACCUUCGUCCGGGGCCUUGCUCCUGCUCCCCGCCCCACCAGACCUACCACACACCGUCGUCUGGGGCGGCAUGCCUUACCCUUCCACCCCCUUGCUACUUCCUCCAGCUCCUCACCCUUCACAUCACCUACAGCUACUCUCUGGUGACCUCCUCGCUUCCACAGCCACCUUACAACACACACAUACGCACUCGACAAGGCUGGUGACAUUAGCACCGGCCCCAGCCCAACAUAAGCCAGACAACAGGAAACCUAUCAUGCAACCUCUUAUAACUCCUCACGCUUUAAUAAAGAUAGAAGCCGAACCGCAGGAAAAACCGCCACCAACCUUCGCUCCGGAGCCCGUACCACAACCGAUGUUAGCAACGCAUUUGUAUUACCAGCCGGAUUUCACUGAACAGGCUUGCAGAAGCCAAGCGACGUCGCCGGCCGCACCGCCUACACCGCCUCCCGAUAACCAUGAAGCUCCAGCACAUAAAGACGCUUCUAAUCAAACGGAUCAUAUUGAUGAUGAUGAUGAUUCUCCUAAUCAUGCUGAUGAGGAUGAAAGAGACGUCGCUUGUGUCGGUGUCGCUCAUUUCCCCGAAGAAACACCGUUACACAUGCCAUUGCUUCAGCCUUCUCGGAUAGACAGCGCCGAGGAAUCAUCCUCUGAAGCCUUAGCAACUUCUGCUGUAGUUGGAGCAGUAGAGAAAGCGAUACAUGCUAUCGAAAGAGACGAAGCAUUAGAAAAUAGCUCCAGCAGCAGCAUUUCUAACGAUUUAGUAAUCGAUACAGCCAGUACGUCGCCCGUUCCACCACAACCGGCAAGGUCCGUGGUAGAUGUCAGCGGCUUAGAGCUACUAUCGAAUAGUAUCGAACAGUUUGAGAGAACUACUCCUGCAAGCAUGCCGAGUUUAGACCCGGCUCCUCUGACUGUUGAUACUAGAACUACAACAAAUAUUAUGAUCAAAUCAAGCCCUAAAUCGCCGCCGCGCACAGAUGCGGAACCUCAAAGGAGAUUCGAGUUUCCUCCAGGGGAAGCGAGCACAAGCGAGCGAGCGAAGCCAUCGUUAGACGGACUGGGUCUGCUGUGUGCUCUCGCUGAACAAAGAUUCAUGGAGGAGGUCGAAAGCCCUCCCACUAAUCUGUCCACGUCUUCCCGUCCAUUCAUCAAAAGCGAGAUCCUGAGCCCAACGGAACCUCAUGUACCGACCGAGUCCAAGAAAGACCGGAGCCGAAGGGACUCGUCAGCGGAACGGCGGAGGAAACGAAGCCGCGAUCGGGAGGAGCGACAUCGCCAUAAGAUAGACAAGAUGCGUCGCUAUAAGAGAGAGAAAGAUGAAACUAGGACUAGCGGAGGAGAGUUAGAGGCGAGUUUAAGACGCGUUACAGCCUGUCCGUGUGGCAGCUCGCCCUGUUCGCACACAGCGGCCGUACCUUCAGCGCACGCUCUUGUCAACGCCAUGGAAAAAGACCUGCGCGAAAGAUUACAUGAGCUUCAACGCCAAUGUGACGAGAAACGAGCCCAACUCAGCGCUAUGACACCUCCCUUGCCCGCCCUACCCGCUUUAUCCACCCCUCCUACUCCUUCCACGCCUUCACCCAUGGGAGCUCCAUCCCCAGACUCCGACAGAGGUUCGUCUAAAAAGCGCAAAGUCGGCCGCCCCCGUAAAGUAUCAAGCCCAGACUCCACCGAAACCAUUGUUGCCAAAAAACCCAAGUCUAAGAGCAGUCUAGUCGGCUACUUACUAGCCAAAGGCAAACUGAAAGGCGGCAUAGUGUGUUCUAGAGGAGAACCUUCCAGGGAGGAAAGCCGGACAAGCAAAGUCCGUCCGAAGUUGAAAGCGGAGCCGAUUUUGAAAGUAUACUCCGAAGAGGAAGAAACCGAGUGGGGUCUGAAUAGAUCAGCAAGCUCGUCCAUGGAGAGUUUAAACGAAGUUCGACAGAAAAAUAGAGAAAAGGUUGAUAGAUUAGUGCGGAAACAUUCAAGAGAUGAUAUGCCUGAGUUGGAAUUCGCUAUGCGACGCGCAAGUGCUUCCAGUGAUAGUGAAAAAGAGCGUCGACGUGCAAAGAAGCGACGAAAGAGUUUGAAGUCUAAAGAGCGUGAGGAAGCGAAGGAACCAGUUAUUGAAUCACAACCCGCUCCUGUAUCAAAGUGUACGUUGACUGAAGAUAAGUUGGACAGCAAUCCGCGGGUGCUCACGGCUAUGGGAGGGCUGUUCUAUGCGGGGAAACUGAGCGCGGUGACGGCCCCUGACGUGUACGCCAUUACCCUCGACGGGGAGAGGGGGAACAAACCGCAUAUACUGUCUAGAGAGGAGACGCUAAGAGAUGCGAUCCUGGAAGUAUCUCCAUCGUCCGUCUCCGAGCUGGCGUCCGGCACGCGAGUGUGCGCCUACUGGUCCCAGCAAUACCGGUGCUUAUACCCUGGCACUGUCGCCAUGUCGUCUCCGGACCCUCACCUGGACAAGUUCGUGGCUGUUGAGUUCGAUGAUGGGGAUUCAGGACGUAUUGCUAUUGAAGAUAUAAGGUUCUUGGAGCCUAACUAUCCUGUUGUUGUAUACGAAAACCCACUAUUCACUCUUGGAAAGCGAAGAAGAAAUACCAGCGCAAAUAGCACCGAAGAUAAGAAACCUCCCACCACCAGCACCGACAAACCUGCGGUAUCCACUCAACAGGAAGAGGAAGACAGGAGGGACAGGAAAAAGCUCAAGAAACACAGGAAAGAGAAACUCAAACGCCUGUCUGAAGACGAUCCGGUCGGAUCCGCAGAUUACGUCAAAAAGAAGAAAAAGAAACACAAGUGCUGCGAAGAACAUUGCAAACAUAGAAGGCACCACAAGAAACACCGAAAACACAGAAAGAGACAUCAUUCUGACAGCAAAGAGAGUUCAUCCGGUGACGAUCAGAAUAAGAAAUCAUCGUCAGAUUAUUCCAAAUCUAACGAAGACUCUGGAGAUUCCAACGAUAGAUUGUCCACUUUAAUAGCAAUGGAGAAAUCGCCGGAUGAUAAGAUGAAGACGGUGAUCAAGAAAGCGGUGUUGACGAAGAGUCCUCUGGUGAAGACGGCGGUGCUGGAGUUCAGUAAUCUGGGGAAGGUGGUGGUGAAGAAAGAUGAAAAGGAUAAUUUGAAGGACAGCGGGAUUGGACUCGAGGAGGAGCCGACGGCGUCGACUAGCGAUGUCGCUAAGAAGAAGAGCAAGAAACGCACGGUGUCGGGCGCGUCGGUAGGCUCGGAGGGGGGCGGGGGCGGCGCGGGGGUGAGCAAGAUGGCCGCCUUCCUGCCCGGCGCCGCGCUGUGGCGGUGGCGCGGCGCGCCCUACCGCCGCACCGCGCGGCCUAGGCACAGGAAGCUUUUCUACCGCGCCAUUGCCAGGGGGGAGGAGAUACUCAACGUGGGCGAAGCGGCAGUGUUCCUGUCGACGGGCCGACCGGAUCGCCCGUACAUCGGGCGAAUCGAGGCGCUCUGGGAGGCUCGCGGAGCUAUGGCCGUGCGGGUGCGAUGGUUCUACCAUCCCGAGGAGACUACGGGCUGCCAGCCUUUGCACUACCCGGGCGGCCUAUUCGAGUCCCCGCACACGGACGAGAACGACGUCCAGACUAUCUCGCACAAGUGCGAGGUUCUGCCCCUCGCACAGUACCAGGCUCGCAUGGGCGACGACCCGGCGCGCUACUCCAGCGUGUACGACAACAACGAUGUGUACUAUCUAGCGGGACAUUACGAUCCGACGCAGCAGACGUUGAAUAUGGAGGCAGAUAUACCCAUUAAAAGUGUUUAGAACGAUCUAGAGUCAAAUAUCGAGAAAUAUUGACAGUGAGACUAAGAUUUGAGGGUGCGUUAAAA